AUGAAGGAAAUGUACCUUCAACAAGGGUCUAUGUUGGCGGAAUGGGAUAAAGUUAAAUAUCAUGAUCGACAAGACGUACAACCGCCACCAUAUACCGAUAAUCCUGCUCGACCAGUACCGAAAGUGCAGGUUCCUCGGUCACCACCGAUCACACUCGAAAUGGAAAAGCUACCAUACAACACUGUCGAAAUGGUAAUUGCAGAGACACCGAAUCAAACUCCAGUUAACUCGGACCCUGCACCGGUAUUGCAUGGCAUUAUCUCUCCUGGCGCUGGAGAGCCGUCGAGCGACGGAGUGGACUUGAGGGAUGUCGAGGGGGACUCGAGAUGCAUCGACGUGGCCCUUGACGUGGGCUCGGAUGAAGCACUUCUUGCCAACUUGAAUUCCCGAGAACCAAGUCAGCAACUCAAAGAUGAUUUGGCAGUUUCAAAGAUGCUUGAGUCGAAGUUCGCGGAUUGGAUAACCGAAGCAAUAAUGAUAAACCCAGAGGUUAACGACCAUAAACGCUUAAUGACUAAGUUAUCAAUUCUUGGGGAUUGUGUUCGUACAUCCAAUACUCGAGUAUUUGACGCUACUAGACCUUGGUGUUCCGCCAUAUUGCUCUACGACCCGUUCGAUUCCGACAACACUAUCGGGUUAUGGGAGGAGAGAAACCGAUGGCUCAUUUCAGAUAUUGCCAAGCUGAUUAAAUGGGCUAACACAUUUCACUAUGGCGCCGAGAUCAACUCGCUCUUGAUAAAUGAUUUCGUGAAGUUAGGUAGCGUUGCUCGCAAUUUCGCCCUGCACCCUGGAAAUGACAAAGCCGAGUACAUUCGUCAGAGAAGUGUUUGUGUUGUUCGGGUAUGGACUGAAUUUGGCAAGUCGAAAAGAAAUAUUAGUGGAGAUACCAGCGGGCCAGGUUCUCGAAAACGGGAUGACUUGGAAACUGACAGCAAUAUGUCUAAGCGAGCAAGAAAUAUGGUGUGA